AUGAGCUCUAAUAGUAGUUGUUGUUCUCUUUUGGUUCUCCUCUCUCUACAACUUUUAUUGAUCCUUGAUUCUGCAGAUCUCACCGUUUCCAUCACUUGCGUUAGGGAAUGUGGAGGAACGAACAUCCCUUACCCAUUUGGAAUCGGAAAGGGUUGCUAUCUUGAGAAAUUCUACGAGAUUGAGUGUGUUAAUUCUUCCUCUAUUCCAGGGAAGAGUGUUCCUUUUCUUUCCGUAAUUGGCAAGGAAGUUGUGGAAAUCUUUCUUCCACCAACAUUAUACACGAGGUAUACCAUUGCACAAGGGUCAGUUCGCAUAAAAACCCGAGUAACUUCAAAGGGGUGCUCAAGCCGCGGAGAUGAGCUUGAAACACCUUUAAAUUUGACGGGGACACCUUUUUACGUUAGCUCCAAUAAUAAAUUGAUAGCAUCUGGUUGCAACAACAAGGCAUCGUUGACGAAUAUCGAGUCGAACAUUGUGGGAUGCACGUCUAGCUGCGUCCCAGCCAACCGUACAGCCUCAAAAGAUUAUCUUGCGGCACUCAGCAGAUGUAGUAUAUAUGGAACCCCCAAUUGUAAUGCCGAAAGCAUUACCAAUGAAACAAACUGCAAUGGGUAUCUAUGCUGCCAAGCAGACAUCCCUGCUCUAUAUGAACAACAAACUGUGGGUGUGGGAAUUGAAAGCACCACUACGACAACGGAAGGGUGCAAAGUCGCCUUCUUAACGGACGAGGCAUACUCUUUGUCAGAUGGAUCUGAUCCGAAAAAACUUCAUGCUGAUGGAACAGCGAGAAUUGAGCUAGGAUGGUUCAUCAAGACGUCCAAUCGUUCGUAUGUAGACUCCUUGGGAUGCGAAAGUUUUGAAGUAUAUGGAAAUUUAACGGAACGCUCACUUGAAAGUACUUACUCAAUAGAUUGUGUUUGCGACUACAAUGCUUCCUACAAUGCUUAUCUAAGUUAUGCAAGAUGCUCAUGCAAUGAAAAGUACAAAGGCAACCCAUACCUUCCGGGUGGAGGCGGAUGCAAAGAUAUUAAUGAAUGUCUAGAAGACGAAUAUGGAAAUUACAAAAAAUGUAGGGGUGGAACGUGUGUCAAUUUGCCUGGACACUAUAGGUGUGUAUACAAAAAACAUCGGCCAAUUGCUACAGGGAUUGGUUCGAGUUUUGGCUCAUUAGCUUUUAUUGUUGGAAUAUACUGGUUAUACAACUUUAUUAGAAAGCAGAAGAGGUUAAAGCAGAAGAAGAAGUUCUUCAAGCGUAAUGGGGGUCUACUGUUGCAGCAACAAUUGACUGCAACAGAAGGUAACCUCGAGAAGACGAAAGUAUUCAGCUCGAGAGAGUUAGAAAAAGCUACCGAAAAUUUUAGCGUAAAUAGAAUACUUGGCCAAGGUGGUCAAGGUACUGUGUACAAAGGAAUGCUCGUCGAUGGUAGAAUUGUAGCUGUGAAGAAAUCCAAAGUCGUGGACGAAGAUAAGUUGGAAGAGUUCAUCAAUGAGGUUGUCAUUCUUUCGCAGAUCAACCACAGAAACAUCGUGAAACUUUUAGGGUGCUGUCUUGAGACAGAUGUUCCUGUUCUUGUCUACGAGUUUAUUCCUAAUGGUAACCUUUUUGAACAUCUUCAUGAUGAAUUGGAGGAUUACACGAUGACUACUUGGGAAGUGCGUCUCCGCAUUGCUGUGGAUGUUGCAGGAGCUCUUUCAUACUUGCACUCGGCUGCGUCGUCACCAAUCUAUCAUAGAGACGUCAAGUCUACAAACAUAAUGUUGGAUGAAAAAUAUCGAGCCAAAGUAUCUGAUUUUGGAACAUCAAGAUCAGUAACGGUGGAUCACACCCACUUGACUACGGUAGUUUCAGGUACGGUGGGAUAUAUGGAUCCAGAGUACUUUCAGUCUAGCCAAUUCACAGAUAAAAGUGAUGUCUAUAGCUUUGGGGUUGUGCUCGUGGAGCUCAUCACGGGUGAAAAGUCAGUUUCGUUUCUGAGAUCUCAAGAAAACAGGACACUGGCAACUUAUUUCAUUCAUGCAAUGAAACAUAAUACACUCUUUGAUAUCAUCGACCCACGGAUCAAAGAUGGCUGCAAGUUGAAUCAAGUGACCGCAGCUGCAAAAAUUGCAAGGAAAUGUCUGAAUCUGAAGGGGAGAAAGCGACCAAGCAUGAGAGAAGUGUCCGUGGAGUUAGAGAAUAUUCGCUCGUCUUCUAGAGAUACUGCAUAUGAGUAUAUUAGCGAAAAUGAGGAAGAAAGAGAGGACGAUGUCAUGGAAGUUAAUAUAGAGGUAGACCAGUGGAACAAUGUAGCUGUUACUGCUCCAACGUAUCAAUGCAACGAUGCAUCAUCAUCUUCAUUGUGCUCAGAUGUUGAACCACUGUUUCCUCUUCAGACAAGAUGAAACUUCAGUGAUUGUUGUGUUGAACGUAUUUAUGCCUUCUAUUAUAUAUGUAUAAUCCAUUGUAUCGAACAUAUUUGAUGCGUUUAUUAUCUAUGACAGAAUAGUAUCGAUUCCAAAAAUGAAAUGGUCUAAUGAAUAAGCUUAAAUUCUUAUAUAGAAUCUAGCUGGUAUCAACAUCAACCACUAUCGAGACUACCAUA